CCAUUACCCGCGAGCGCAGGUGAGCCUGGCCCGGGAACCCGCCUGGGGGGUCAGCUGUACCCGCGAGGCCACCCCAGCCCCAGAAGGUGGACACGUUUUCUUCCACUGCCCUGCCUUCUGAGGACCUCUGCCCUCUUCAGGACAGCUUCUCCAGGUAUGAGGAGGAAAUGGAGGCAUAUCCUCAGCAGAUCCUGUCUCAGCCACCUGUGAGCUUCAAGGACGUGGCUGUGACCUUCACAUGGGAGGAGUGGGGACAGCUGGACCUGGCCCAGAGGAUGCUGUACCGUGAGGUGACUCUGGAGACCUGCAGUCACCUGGUCUCCCUGGGGCUUCUGCUUUCAAAACCGGAUGUGAUCGCCCGACUGGAGCAAGGGGAGGACCCAUGGAGGGUGGAGCCGGGACCUCCCCGAGACUGGAAGACUACACUGGAAAAUAAAGAGUCAGCUUCCGAAGAGGGUAUUGCUGUGGAAGAGCCAUCUCACCACAUGGAAAUGAAACACUGUGUACAGGAGGAGGGCCCCUGGUUGGUGUCAUUAGGAGAAGUGCAGCAUUGGAGGGACCAGCUAGGGAAGCACCAGGAGGACUCUCUGAGUCAAACAGUACUUACCUCAGAGAGACAUUUUGCUCAAGGGGGUAGUUAUCUGAGUCUAAGCCUUCUACCUCCAACAUUACCCACAAGGACACAUUUCCAUAAGCUCAACUCACAGGUUAAAAGGUUGAAACAGAACUCGGUUUUCAUUAAUCAUCAGAAAAACUGGGCUGAUCUGAAGUCCUGUGAAGAUCAUGAAAGUGCUAGAGCCUUCUGUCAGAGCACUUACUUGAAUAAAAUUGCAAAUGUUGAAACGGGAAAUAAAAAACCUUAUGAUUAUACUGUCAGUAGUGACUCUUUAAACUGUGGUACCUCCCUUCAUUUUCUUACUAGAAUUUUUUCAGCAGAGAAUGGCAAUGACAGUAAGGACGAUGGAAACAGCAUUAAUCAUAGCAUGUCUCUGAAUGAACACAAGCCAAUGAAUUUUGGAGAAAGUCAGUACGAGUGUGAUGAAUGCCUUGUACAAACCGAAAUAAGUGAUCCUGGAGAGGCACCAUUCAGAUGUGAGGAGGACUGUGGUGCCUUCCACGUGGCCUCAUCUUUUCCUGACUGUGACAUCAUUCAGACUGGAAAGAAGUCAUAUGCAUGUAAUCAGUGUGCAAAAUCUUUCAGCUGUUGCUCUAAGCUUGUUGUACACAAGAGAACACACACAGGAGAAAAGCCAUAUGAAUGUACUCGGUGUGGGAAGUCUUUCAGCCAGAGCUAUGACCUGGUUGUACACCAGAGAACUCACACUGGAGAAAAGCCCUAUGAAUGCAACCAGUGUGGGAAAUCCUUUACCCAGAGUUCCAAACUUAUUAGGCAUCAACGAACUCACACUGGAGAAAAACCAUAUAAAUGUCAUGAAUGUGGAAAAUCUUUCAGGUGGAACUCUAACCUUACUGUUCAUCAAAGAAUUCAUACUGGAGAGAAACCUUAUGAAUGUGCUCAUUGUGGAAAGUCCUUCAGUCAAAGCUCUGACUUUGUUGCACAUAAAAGGACUCACACUGGAGAGAAACCCUAUGAAUGUAACCAGUGUGGAAAAUCUUUCAUUCGAAGCACUCAGCUUAUUAGGCAUCUGCGAAUUCACACUGGAGAGAAGCCAUAUAAAUGCAAUCAGUGUGACAAAGCCUUCACUGGGAGCUCUCACCUUAUUGAACAUCAGAGAACUCAUACUGGAGAGAAACCGUUUGAAUGUAAUCAGUGUGGCAAAGGCUUCACUGGGAGCUCUCACCUUCUUUCACAUCAGAGAAUUCAUUCUGGAGAGAAACCGUAUGAGUGUAAUGACUGUGGGAAAGCUUUUCGGCAGCGAUCUCAGCUUGUUGUGCAUCAGCGAACACAUACUGGAGAGAAACCUUAUGAAUGCAGUCAUUGUGGAAAAGCUUUCAGCCAGAGGUCUCCCCUCAUUGUGCAUCAGAGAAUACACAUUGGAGAGAAACCCUAUCAGUGUAACAUGUGUGCUAAAGCCUUCAGUCAGAGGUCACGCCUUAUUGAACAUAAGAGAACACAUACUGGAGAAAAGCCCUAUGAAUGCAUUGACUGUGGGAAAGCCUUCAAUGAUCGAUCAACCCUUACAAAACACGAGAGAACACACACUGGGGAAAAACCCUAUGAAUGUAAUCAUUGUGAAAAGGCCUUUAGCCAGCGGUGUCAACUUACUAGGCAUCAGAGAAUCCAUACUGGAGAGAAACCCUAUGAAUGUAAUGAGUGUGGAAAAGCUUUCAGUUGUAGUACAUCCCUUAUUCAACAUGAGAAAACCCAGGGAGAGAAACCCUAUGAUAAUCAAGAUGGAAAAGCUCACUGCCAGACUUUCUUUACUAGACAUCAGAUGACCAAGGUAUGAUUCUCAGAGUGUAGUCUAAUGACCAUAUACAUCAGAACUGCUUGGAGUGUGUGUGUUGAAACUGCAUAUUACCAAGCUUACCCUCAGUUUACUAUAUCAGAAUAUCUAGCAGUAAAAUCCAGGAGCCUGCAGUUUCCAAAAGGAGCACACGUGAUUUGUAUAUAUACUAAAAUUUAUAUACUUCUGCAUUUAGGUCAUGAAUAUGACCACUGAUGAAAAACAUUCAGUCAGAGCUCUCGGCAGAAGUUAGAAAACAGAAUGGAGCUGUACCCACCAGAUAAUCUUUUUAGUGCAUACAGCCACGCAAACUCAACCAGACGUUGUCUCCACAUUCAUGGAGAUGAUGGGGAACCGAAAGAUACUCUUUACACAGAGCCCCAAACACUCAACCUAAGAAGAAACAUUGCAUGAGGAAG